CUCCUCUUUACCUCUACAACUCACAUCAAGAUUCACAAAUAUCACAAUGGGCGACGUUAUCCCUCAGAGUAUCCCCCGGACUUCCCGAGCGUGGGCAGUCCCCGGCUCAACAAACAUCGCCCUCGCAAAAUUCCCCUCCGCAACCAAAAAGCCCUCCUCCUCAAACCCUCAAGAAAUCGCCACCUCCCUGGUAUCCGCCUUCAACACAGCCCUCAAGAACAAAGACCUCACCUCUCUCGCCCGUCUAUUCUCCGAAGAUGGUUUCUGGCGCGAUCAUCUUGCCCUAUCCUGGAACUUCCGCACCGUCCAAGGACCUUCCAACAUCCUCUCAUUCCUCAAAUCCUGCUCCGAGUCAAAGGAUGGUCUUCGCCUUACUAAGAUUGAGGUUGAUAGCUCAGCUCCCGUGAGACAGCCCCAGUUUCUGCCCAUCGAUGGGGCUGGUGAAGUCCAGGGCGUACAGUUCUUUUUCGAGAUUGAGACCGUGCGCGGUAAGGGACUGGGUCUUGCGCGGUUGAUUGAAGAGAAUGGAGAGUGGAAGAUUUUCACGUUUUAUACGAGAAUUCAGGAGUUGAAAGGUUUUGAGGAGGCGAUUAAUGAUCAUCGAUCGCGUGGUGUUGAGCAUGGUGGAAAGCCUGGGCGAAAGAACUGGGCGCAGCGACGAGAGGCUGAGGCUGACUUCGCUGAUGGUAGCGAUCCUGCUGUUUUGAUCGUUGGCGCCGGCCAAGCUGGUCUCACAGCCGCUGCUCGUCUCAAGAUGCUUGGCGUCGAAGCCCUCGCAAUCGACCAGAACGAUCGCGUAGGCGAUAACUGGCGCAAGCGAUACCACCAACUCGUCCUUCACGAUCCCGUCUGGUACGAUCACAUGCCAUACCUCCAGUUCCCUCCCCAAUGGCCCAUCUUCACACCUAAGGACAAGCUCGCUCAAUUCUUUGAAGCAUAUGCUACCCUUCUUGAGCUCAACAUCUGGAUGAAGACUUCCCUCGUUGAGACAAAGUGGGACGAUGCUAACAAGCGAUGGGAUGUCACCGUUGAGCGAACCAAAGAAGAUGGUACCAAGGAGCGACGAACUCUGCACCCUCGCCAUCUUAUCCAGGCUACUGGUCACUCUGGCAAGAAGAACAUGCCUGAUAUGAAGGGCAUUUCCGACUUCAAGGGCGAUCGUCUCUGCCACUCUUCCGAGUUCUCUGGUGCUCGUGAUAACAGCCAGGGUAAGAAGGCCAUUGUCGUUGGAUCGUGCAACUCAGGCCACGAUAUCGCUCAGGAUUUCCUCGAGAAGGGCUACGACGUCACCAUGGUUCAACGCUCCAGCACUCAUGUCGUUUCUUCUAAGGCCAUCACCGACAUUGGUCUAAAGGGCGUCUACUCCGAGGACGGUCCCCCCGUCGAUGACGCCGACCUUCUUAUCCACGGCCUUCCCAUCCCCGUGUUCAAAGCCCUCUCGGUCACAACAUGCCAGAAGCAAGCAGAUUUCGACAAGGAUAUCCUCUCCGGUCUCAACAAAGCUGGUUUCAAGACCGACGCAGGCCCCGAUGGCGCCGGCCUUUUGCUCAAGUACUUCCAGCGCGGAGGCGGUUACUACAUCGACGUCGGCGCUUCUCAGCUCAUCGCCGAUGGCAAGAUCAAGGUUAAGCACGGACAAGAGAUCGAGACUGUGUUGCCGCAUGGAUUGAGGUUUGCGGAUGGCUCGGAGCUUGAGGCUGAUGAGAUUGUCUUCGCCACGGGAUAUCAGAACAUGAGAACGCAGACAAGGGUCAUGUUUGGGGAUGCGAUUGCGGACAAGGUGAAUGAUGUUUGGGGCUUCAAUGAUGAGGGCGAGAUGAGGACUAUUUGGCAGAAGAGUGGACAUCCUGGAUUUUGGUACCAUGGUGGUAACCUGGCUAUGUGCCGCUACUACUCUAAGUUGUUGGCGCUGCAGAUCAAGGGAUUGGAAGAGGGUCUGUAUGGUUAUGACGAUAUCUGAGUCACGGUCGCAAGGGAAAUUGUUUUUAGCAUUUCAUUAUAGUCACGCAAUUGAGU